AUGAUAUGUCAAAGAGAGGUCAAGGUCAAUCUCCGUGAACGGGUUACACAGGUGCAUUAUACAUAUGCAUUAACCGUUUACAGUGUAUGUGUUGUUGGUGAGCGCGUGGUCGUACUAGUGGUGCUGGUGAUGGUGGAUGAGGAUGCUGGCGCUGGUACCGAUAAUGUUGGUGAUUCUGAUGGUCCUGAUACUGAUACUGACGGUAGUGGUGGUGGUGAUCCUGAUGGUAGUGGUGGUGGUGAUCCUGGUGGUGGGUGUGGUGAUCCUGAUGGUGGUGGUGGUGGUCCUGAUGGUGGGUGUGGUGAUCCUGAUGGUGGUGGUGGUGAUCCUGAUGGUGGGUGUGGUGAUCCUGAUGGUAGUGGUGGUGGUGAUCCUGGUGGUGGGUGUGGUGAUCCUGAUGGUGGUGGUGGUGGUCCUGAUGGUGGGGGUGGUGAUCCUGGUUACACAGGUGCAUUAGAGACGUGCAUUAACCGUUACAGUACUGGUGGUAGUGGUGGUACUGGUACUGGUGGUAGUGGUGGUACUGGUAGUGGUGGUACUGGUACUGGUGGUAGUGGUGGUACUGGUACUGGUGGUAGUGGUGGUACUGGUACUGGUGGUAGUGGUGGUACUGGUACUGGUGGUGGUGGUGGUACUGGUGGUGGUCCUGAUACUGAUGGUGAUCUUGUUACUGUUGUUGUUGGUGGUGUUGUAGACAAUCUUGAUUCGGCUGCACUCGAAAGAAAGGAAUACGAUUAA